GUGCGUACCCGGAACCUUGUUUUCUGCGAAGUGAGAUUUCUACGGACAUGUAUCAGCUGUUACACAAUAACAAGGCGAAAGACCUCUUUGACAUGUCAGUGUCAGAUUCCUACCGAGUUUGAACCCAAAAAAUAUUCUGCUGAAAACAAGCCCUCGCUGAUGAACAAUGAGUGGCUCAAAGCCAGACAUUCUGUGGUCUCCUCACCACCCUGACCGUUAUGUCAUCUGUGACUCGGAACUUGGACUCUAUCGCAUUGGACCUGUGGGUAGCGCUGAGACCAAAGCUGGAGCUCUCCCACUCUCUGAGGAAACCGCUGCUACAUUAUUAGCUAUCAACUCAGAUACCCCAUAUAUGAAAUGUGUUGCCUGGUAUCCAAAGCAGGAGCCUGAGUGCCUGUUAGCGGUAGGCCAGGCGAACGGUAGGGUAGUCCUCACUAGCCUGGGCCAGAGUCACAACUCUAAAUGCAAGGAGCUAGUGGGGAAAGAGUUUGUACCCAAACAUGCCCGCCAAUGUAACACCUUAGCCUGGAACCCUGUAGAUAGCAACUGGUUAGCCGCUGGGCUAGACAAACACAGAGCUGACUUCUCCGUUCUCAUAUGGGACAUACAUAGCAAUAAAUUUACCUCAGACGCUAGCAUGGCUGCAGAUAAAAUCCGCCUCUUGUCAGGGGACACAGACUCAGGCAUGGUGAUGACCAAGCCUCUAUAUGAAUUGGGCCAAAAUGAUGCAUGUCUGUCUCUCUGCUGGUUACCACGGGAUCAAAAACUACUACUGGCUGGCAUGCACCGUAACCUUGCAAUCUUUGACCUGAGGAACACCAGCCAGAAGACCUUUGUCAAUACCAAAGCCAUUCAAGGGGUGACAGUGGACCCCCACUUCCAUGACCGUGUGGCCUCCUUCUUUGAGGGCCAGGUUGCCAUCUGGGACCUGAGGAAGUUUGAGAAGCCCGUUCUCACACUGACAGAGCAACCCAAACCCCUUACCAAGGUGGCCUGGUGCCCUACACGCACAGGCCUGCUAGCCACCCUGACGCGGGACAGCAACAUCGUCCGCCUUUAUGACAUGCAGCACACGCCCACGCCCAUCGGAGACGAGACGGAGCCCACCAUCAUCGAGCGCAGCGUGCAGCCCUGUGACAGCCUCAUCGGCAGCUUCGCUUGGCAUCCCUCCUCUCAGAACCGCAUGGUGGUGGUGUCUGCAGCCAACCGCGCCAUGACGGACUUCACCGUGUUCGAGCGCAUCUCGUUGGCGUGGAGCUCCACCACCUCCCUCAUGUGGGCCUGCGGGAGGCACCUGUACGAGUGUUCCGAAGAUGGAGCGGAAGGUACGGUGGAUCAGGACAUAGCCACUAAAAUGAGGCAGAGGGCCCAGUCUAGAUAUGGCCAUGACACGGUGCAGGUGUGGAAGAAUCAUCUACUUGCCGGGGGGGAUGACCCCCAGCUCAAGUCUCUGUGGUACGACCUCUACUUCAUGAAGCAGUACACUGAGGACAUGGAGCUGAAACACCAGGGGAACAAACAGUCUCUGGUGUACUCUGGCAUCAAGAACAUAGUAAAGUCGAGCUCAGGCACGACAGAGAACCGCCGCUGUUGGAGCUGCACGGAGCGCCAGACAGACAUGCGGCGCUACCACAGCGAGGAGCGCAGCCUGGCGCUGCGGCUGUGCGGCUGGAUCAGCAGGGGGUCCGACGUUGACGUGGAGCCCUUCCUGCGCUCGCUGGAGCAGGAGGGCGAAUGGGAGCGGGCUGCCGCUGUGGCCCUCUUCAACAUGGACAUCCGCCGCGCCAUCCAGAUCCUGAACAAGGGCGCCUCCACGGAAAAGGGGGAUGUGAACCUGAACGUUGUUGCCAUGGCGCUGUCUGGCUACACCGAUGAGAAGAGUUCUCUUUGGAGAGAGAUGUGCAGUUCCUUGAGGCUUCAGCUGAAGAACCCCUACCUGUGUGUCAUGUUUGCCUUCCUCACGAGUGAGGCUGGGGCCUACGAUGGAGUACUGUAUGAGAGCAGUGUGGCGGUGAGGGAUCGCGUAGCGUUCGCGAGCAUGUUUCUAAGUGAUGCCCAGCUGCCUCGCUACGUAGAGAAGCUAACCACAGAGAUGAAGGAGGCGGGAAACCUUGAGGGGAUCCUGCUCACGGGUCUGACCAAGGACGGCGUGGACCUGAUGGAGAGCUACGUCGACCGCACCGGGGAUGUCCAGACAGCCAGCUUCUGCAUGCUUAAGGGUUCUCCAGGUGAGGUGGUGAAGGACCCUCGUGUCCAAUGCUGGAUUGAGAACUACCGCAACCUGCUGGAUGCAUGGAGAUUCUGGCACAAACGGGCCGAGUUCGACAUACACAGAAGCAAGCUCGACCCCAGCUCUAAACCAUUAGCACAGGUGUUUGUGAGCUGUAACUUCUGUGGGAAGUCCAUCUCCUACAGCUGUGCAGCCAUGCCCCACCAGGGCCGAGGUUUUAGCCAGUAUGGUGUCAGUGGCUCACCUACCAAGUCAAAGGUCACCAGCUGCCCUGGCUGCAGGAAGCCCCUGCCUCGCUGUGCUCUCUGCCUCAUGAACAUGGGAACACCUGUGUCCAACUGCCCAGGUACUGGUCAUGGCAGGGCACACCACUCCGGCACAGGGAAGUCAGAUGAAAAGGUGGACCUGACCAGAGAGAACAAACUGGCUCAGUUUAACAACUGGUUCACCUGGUGCCACAACUGUCGCCAUGGCGGCCACGCUGGUCACAUGCUGAGCUGGUUCAGAGACCACACAGAGUGCCCUGUCUCAGCCUGCACCUGUAAAUGCAUGCAACUGGACACCACAGGGAACCUGGUGCCUUCAGACAGCAGCUAGAGAUUCAUCCACUUCUAGGACCCACAGCCACUAACACUAGACCCCUGUGUAGGUUCACUAGAGCACUUCUCUCACAGGACUGAGCUUAGGCCCUAAUGUACCUACCUAGCUGGCUACACAAAUAGUGUUCAACACUGUUACAGUUUGGGUUGAGUGAGAGCCCAAUAUCCUAACAUAAAUGUGUGGUUAGGCAUGAGAGGCAAGGUUUCUUUACUGACAUGUAUGCAAUUAAUUAAUGAAGGACUUGGAGCGAUUGUACCAGAAUACAUUGCAGGGGUCUUCUCAUCUAACCUGAAUCAGGAUUAGAUUUUGAUUAUUCAGACAUGUUGAGCUAUAUUAAUAUGUGCCAUACAUUUUAGUUAUAUUUUAAGAUGUCCAGAGCUGUUUCUGGAUUAAAAAGGACUUCGAAAUUCCUCAUAACAUUUGUAAAUGCUGAUAAAGAAUACAGAAAAAUAAACAAAAAUAUCCA